UGGGAAGGUCGGAAUUUGGUCAAGGAUUCUCUUUUGCGAGAUUGACGCGGAGGUGAGAGUUUAUAAAUAGAUCGGAAGAAAUGGACGAGCAGCCGCGGUUGAUGCACUCUCAUGCGGGAGUAGGGGUGGCAGGGCACCCCGGCCUGUCGCAACACAUGGAAGGCACGGGAGGAACGGAAGGCGAUGGGAGAAAACAGGACAUUGGAGACAUUUUACAGCAAAUAAUGACCAUCACAGAUCAGAGUCUGGACGAAGCUCAAGCCAGGAAACACGCCUUGAAUUGCCACAGGAUGAAGCCUGCUCUCUUCAACGUUUUGUGUGAAAUCAAAGAAAAAACAGUGCUGAGUAUCCGUGGCGCCCAGGAGGAGGAGCCUCCAGAUGCCCAGCUCAUGCGAUUGGACAACAUGUUGCUGGCGGAGGGCGUGUCUGGACCGGAGAAGGGGGGCGGUUCUGCAGCGGCAGCGGCUGCGGCUGCAGCCUCAGGAGGUGGGGCAGGAGCAGAUAACUCAGCGGAACACUCGGACUACAGAGCCAAGCUCUCUCAGAUCAGACAGAUCUACCACACAGAACUGGAGAAAUAUGAGCAGGCUUGUAACGAGUUCACAACCCAUGUGAUGAACCUGCUGAGGGAGCAGAGUCGCACGCGGCCCAUCUCUCCCAAGGAGAUCGAGCGCAUGGUGGGGAUCAUCCACCGCAAGUUCAGCUCCAUCCAGAUGCAGCUCAAACAGAGCACCUGCGAAGCCGUCAUGAUCCUGCGCUCACGCUUCCUCGAUGCCAGACGGAAAAGACGGAACUUCAACAAGCAGGCGACAGAGAUCCUGAAUGAGUACUUCUACUCCCACCUGUCUAACCCCUACCCUAGUGAAGAGGCCAAGGAAGAGCUGGCCAAGAAGUGCUCCAUCACAGUUUCACAGGUUUCCAACUGGUUUGGAAACAAAAGAAUCAGAUACAAGAAAAACAUUGGAAAGUUCCAGGAAGAAGCCAAUAUGUAUGCUGCCAAAACUGCAGUCAACGCGACCAACGUAUCCUCACAUGGAAGCCAGGCUAAUUCGCCCUCCACCCCAAAUUCUGCAGGUUCUGCUGGCUCUUUUAACAUGUCAAACUCCGGCGACUUGUUCAUGAGCGUGCAGUCUCUCAAUGGGGACUCGUACCAAGGUGCUCAGGUUGGAGCCAACGUGCAGUCACAGGUGGAUACCCUUCGCCAUGUUAUCAGUCAGACAGGCGGAUACAGUGAGGGCCUCACAGCCAGCCAGAUGUACAGUCAACAGAGCAUCAACGCAAACGGAGGCUGGCAGGAUGCAACCACCCCCUCAUCAGUGACAUCACCCACAGAAGGACCUGGAAGUGUUCACUCUGACACGUCCAACUGAUCCCUCCACCCUCCACCACCAUCCAGACACCCCCAACCUCCACCCUCGAUCAGCCAGCCCCCAGUCAGCUCCCCGCCAGAACUGGAGGUGUCACUAGACUGGUCACAGAGCAAGAGACCUCUCUCUACAGGUGGGGACUACAGGAUGAAACGCCAUCAUCACCACAGACAGUUCUUCAUGUCUUAUGUCCCGUCUCUACAACCAACUAUGACACAGUCAGUCAGUAGCCUGAGUAGGGCUCUGUUCUCCCAUUUAUCUACGACCUCAUUCACUGUCUGUACAGUUUUCUUCACCAGAUAUCCAUGUUGCCUCUGUGUGAUCAUCUGACUUAUAACACAGUAGGCAAAUAGUUACAACACGUAUACACAGUAUUGCCCGUAUCUUGUAGAUUGAAAUGCUUUUCUCACUACCUCUAUUGAAAAUAACAACAAAACAACAACUUCUAAAAAAGGAUCGUUUUUUCCCCUUUGUAAUUACUGACAUUGACAGUAGCUCCCAAUCUCCCUUGUCCUGUCUCAAGGCUUGUUUUGAGGACAGUUUUGCCUCUGUGACAAGUUUUACCCUAUAUAAUUACUUCAUUCCCAACAUUUGUUUUGUCCAUAGUGCCAAAGUUCAACACAGGAGGGGAAUUUUUAUAAUAUGACAUUGUGCUUGUGGAAAAAUACAUAUCCAUCUGACGUUUCACAUCACAUACUGUAGCUUAAUAACAUUUCUUGUUAGUAGCUAACAAUGGGCUGAUUUGAAAGGAGAACCUUGAGAUUCAAAUGUUCCUCCUCAUUUUAGGCAUUCUGUUUCAGAGCUUCUACAAUGGUCCAUAAAACAUGACACAUUUUUAGUGCAACAAUGGCGUGUGUUCUGUUCAUACUGAAUGAGUGGUCGACAAUGCAUAAGCAAAACACAAAAGAGUAACGGUAUGCUCCAGAAUGAAUGGAAAGGAUGGUUUGGAAGGUUAUAAAGAAAUGGAUCAUGGUGAUUCUAGCUUCAUGGUGAUUCUAUCUACUGGAAUUCUAAUGGAUUUCCUGCACUUGACAUAUUGUUUGUAGUGUGGACUGAGUAUCAGUUAAAAAAAUGUAUCCGGAACACUUCAUCAGUGAGUACAUUAGCA